UAAUGGAAUUUUUAGGAAUAGAAAACUUGCAAAUGCGUACCGACGCCCACAGAUAACACCUCUCUCGCGCGGGAGAAGAAAGGAUAUCAUAAAACAACAUCAUACAUCGAUUAAAAAAAAUAAAAACAUUAGCAGCUCAGCCCUCUGUAGGGUGUAGAAUGGGAACAAGCCUCUACCCAGACGAGGAAUAUCACGCAUCAUGAUGAAGAAAGACAUGAGUUUGAACCUAAACGACCAGAACAGCUCCAGCCUGAAGCCCGAUCUUAGGGAUGCUGAAGGGAUCCUCAGUUCCCCCGAGCUGGGGCUCCUGAAACUGGCUUCUCCGGAGCUGGAGAGGCUCAUCAUCCAGGCCAACGGGAUGGUGACCACCUCGCCGAACUCCCAGUUCGUCUACCCGAAGACGGUGAGCGACGAGCAGGAGUUCGCGGAGGGAUUCGUCAAAGCCCUGGAGGACCUUCACAAGCAGAACCAGCUGAGCGGAGGCGCGUGCGUCCCUCCGACGCUCAACAGACUCGCGAGCGGCACGGAUCUGCCCGUGUACACGAACUUGAGCACGUACGGGAGCACCACGGUGAACUAUUCCACGGACACCAUUCCGUUCCCUCCUCCGCCGCCCGCGCAGUCGUCUCUGAAGGACGAGCCGCAGACCGUGCCGGACAUGCAGAGCUUCGGCGACAGUCCUCCGCUGUCCCCCAUCAACAUGGACACACAGGAGCGCAUCAAGGCCGAGCGGAAGAAGCUGCGCAACCGCAUCGCCGCCUCCAAAUGCCGCAAGCGGAAACUGGAGCGGAUAUCCCGGCUGGAAGACAAAGUGAAGAACCUGAAGAGCCAGAACACGGAGCUCGCGUCCACCGCCAGCGUGCUGAGAGAACAAGUGGCGCAGUUAAAACAGAGAGUGAUGAACCACGUUAACAACGGGUGCCAGUUACUGCCUAACCAAGUGCAAGCUUAUUAGAAAACAGACUUUAUCUAUCAGUGUUUGGGUGGUUGACGAAUAACAUGCUCUGGUUUGUUAAAUUUCACAUUUCCACAGCAGUGCACGACGUCAAGUGAGCCAAAUAUUAAGGAACUACUUUGAUUAGCAAGUCCACAUCCGCGAGGAAAUAUAGUCCUUGACUUGGCAGAACGUUGCUAGCGAUCGUGCGCUGUUAUUACGGGGUCAGUCUUUAACAAAGGAACUAUAUCUGUUAUUUGUGGUUUAAUAGGAUAUUAUAUGUAUUGAUUGGACAAGCAGCGUUCCUAAGAUUUUUCUAAAACGUAUUAUGUAUUAGUCCGCCUGUACGUGUGACAGCUGUCAGUCUGCGCGUUCGACUCUUUUAGUUUCGUUUGGAACUAUUUUCGUUUCUUUUAUUCUAAAAAAUGAUUUUUUUUUAAUUAAACGAUCUUUAAGUACCAUCAACGUUGCUAUGCGGUGAAACCAGCGAUUGGUAGCGAGUAAUCAAUCAUCAUUCAGGACCUAAAUUAUAGGCCUAUCUGGUUUGUCAUAUUUUUAAGGAGCGUUCCUAAAGUUCACUGUUUGGAUCAGUCCGCUGUGCGUAACACAAUUGUGUUUUGGUUUCUUUUGGAACUAUUAUCGUUAUUUUAAUACUUUCAUUAAAUUAUUAUAUUAAUUGCAACCAUUCCGAUAGAACAUACAGUCCUUGACUUGACUAAAUGUUGCUAUGCAACAAAACUAAUUUUCUUUUUUUUUUUUAAAUCACAUGAUAAAAUGUGUAUUACGUCACAGCCGUUUCUUGUAUUUAA